GUGAUUAAGUAUUGUUUUCGUUAUAUAUUAUGUGACAACACGUAGUUCGGUGAUCAGUCGAAGACAUGGGUUGCAUGAAGGCGGUAAUUAUCGGUUUGGUGCUGUGUGUCGCGGCGGCGGAGCGGCGCUUCCCCGACGGAUUCAAGUUCGGCACGGCCACCUCCUCCUACCAGAUCGAGGGGGCCUGGAACGCCAGCGACAAGGGCGAGAGCAUCUGGGACCGCUUCGUGCACACCAAACCAGAGGCCGUCAGCGACCGGAGCAACGGCGACGUGGCCUGCGACUCCUACAACCAGUGGAGGGAGGAUAUUCAACUGCUCGAGGACCUUAAUGUGGACUACUACAGAUUCUCGAUAUCGUGGCCGCGCGUGCUGCCUACCGGGUUCGCGAACCGCGUGAGCGAGGACGGCGCGCGGUACUACGGCGCGCUGAUCGACGCGCUGCUCGAGAAGGGGAUCGAGCCCGUCGUCACGCUCUACCACUGGGAUCUGCCUCAGACGCUUCAGGACUUGGGGGGCUGGGCCAACCCUCUGAUCUCGGGCUGGUUCGCGGACUACGCCCGUGUGAUCUUCGACCUGUACGGAGACCGCGUCAAGACGUGGCUCACCAUCAACGAACCUGUCGUCGUCUGCGAUGUUGGGUAUGUCUGGUUUGACAGUAUAUCCAGGCUGGAGCGACCCGCUGGUUCGCGGACUACGCCCGUGUGGUCUACGACCUGUACGGAGACCGCGUCAAGACCUGGGUCACCAUCAACGAACCUGUCGUCGUCUGCGAUGUUGGGUAUGUCAGGUUUGACAGUAUAUCCAGGCUGGAGCGACCCGCUGGCUGGAGCGACCCGCUGGUUCGCGGACUACGCCCGUGAGGUCUACGACCUGUACGGAGACCGCGUCAAGACGUGGCUCACCAUCAACGAACCUGUCGUCGUCUGCGAUGUUGGGUACACCGUCUACAUAGCUCCAGGGCUGGAAUCCGAAGGGCGCGGGUCGUAUAUGUGCACCAAGAACAUCCUGCUCGCGCACGCGAAGGUCUACAGGCUAUACGAGGCGGAGUACAAGCCUCAAUAUCAAGGGCAGGUGUCGCUGACCAACCAGAUGAUGUGGUUCGUGCCGGAGACCGAGGAGGACGCCGAGCUCACGGAACUCGUUAAAGUCUAUACGAUCGAUCGGUACUGCCACCCCAUCUUCUCUGCGGCUGGGGGCUGGCCGCCGGAGCUGGAGCGCCACAUAGCACAGCAGAGCGCAGAAGAAGGCGAGCCUCGCUCCAGGCUGCCGCCCUUCACGCAGGAGGAGAUAGAGCUGGUCAGGGGGUCCUACGACUACCUGGCGCUGAACCACUACACGACGCGCACGGUGCGGCGCGCGGGCGAGGGGGAAGUGGGGACCUUCCUGGUGGACGGCUUCCGCGAGCUCGGCGUCAUGCUGGGGAACAUCCCCGAGUGGCUCACCACCACGCCGCACCAGCCCGAGGACGGCACGUUCCUGGUGGACGGCUUCCGCGAGCUCGGCGUCAUGCUGGGGAACAUCCCCGAGUGGCUCACCACCACGCCGCACCAGCCCGAGGACGGCACGUUCCUGGUGGACGGCUUCCGCGAGCUCGGCGUCAUGCUGGGGAACAUCCCCGAGUGGCUCACCACCACGCCGCACCAGCCCGAGGACGGCACGUUCCUGGUGGACGGCUUCCGCGAGCUCGGCGUCAUGCUGGGGAACAUCCCCGAGUGGCUCACCACCACGCCGCACCAGCCCGAGGACGGCACGUUCCUGGUGGACGGCUUCCGCGAGCUCGGCGUCAUGCUGGGGAACAUCCCCGAGUGGCUCACCACCACGCCGCACCAGCCCGAGGACGGCACGUUCCUGGUGGACGGCUUCCGCGAGCUCGGCGUCAUGCUGGGGAACAUCCCCGAGUGGCUCACCACCACGCCGCACCAGCCCGAGGACGGCACGUUCCUGGUGGACGGCUUCCGCGAGCUCGGCGUCAUGCUGGGGAACAUCCCCGAGUGGCUCACCACCACGCCGCACCAGCCCGAGGACGGCACGUUCCUGGUGGACGGCUUCCGCGAGCUCGGCGUCAUGCUGGGGAACAUCCCCGAGUGGCUCACCACCACGCCGCACCAGCCCGAGGACGGCACGUUCCUGGUGGACGGCUUCCGCGAGCUCGGCGUCAUGCUGGGGAACAUCCCCGAGUGGCUCACCACCACGCCGCACCAGCCCGAGGACGGCACGUUCCUGGUGGACGGCUUCCGCGAGCUCGGCGUCAUGCUGGGGAACAUCCCCGAGUGGCUCACCACCACGCCGCACCAGCCCGAGGACGGCACGUUCCUGGUGGACGGCUUCCGCGAGCUCGGCGUCAUGCUGGGGAACAUCCCCGAGUGGCUCACCACCACGCCGCACCAGCCCGAGGACGGCACGUUCCUGGUGGACGGCUUCCGCGAGCUCGGCGUCAUGCUGGGGAACAUCCCCGAGUGGCUCACCACCACGCCGCACCAGCCCGAGGUAAGGACGGCACGUUCCUGGUGGACGGCUUCCGCGAGCUCGGCGUCAUGCUGGGGAACAUCCCCGAGUGGCUUCACCACCACGCCGCACCAGCCCGAGGUGCACCCCGGGGGUAUCCGCGCGCUGCUGGGCUACGUGAAGCAACAGUACGGCGACGUGCCCGUCUACAUCAUGGAGAACGGGCUGACCGACCUCGGGACGGCCCUGGACGACCAGCCCCGCGCCACCUACUUCAGGAACUACUUGGAGCAGGUGCUCCUGGCCAUGGAGGAAGACGGGGUGAACGUGAUGAGAUACACCGUCUGGUCGCUCCUGGACAACUUCGAGUGGGUGCACGGAUACCAGCUGCACUUCGGGCUGCACCACGUGGACUUCUCGUCGCCGCAGCGCACGCGCACGGCGCGGCGCUCGGCGCGCUACUACGCGGCCGUCGCGCGCACCAAGGACCUCGACGCAGAAUACCAGUUCGACAACAUGGCCGACGAGUUGUAGACAACAUGGCGCUGGUUAAUGGGGUUGGCCGGUCCAAGUGUUUAGCAGACGGCGGCAGCAUAGCUUGCCCUGUCAAUCCCUAGAAUUGUGUCAAAUUCUUGUUUUUUUAAUAGAAUUUUAUGCCCUGGAUAUCUGCCCUUUAAGCCAAAUCUCAUAUAACUCAAAUAGAGAAAGGGGCAAGCUAUGAUGGCGCCAUCUAUGCAAACCUUUGACAGUUGCAAGUAAAUUAACUGCCAUCUCGAUAGAUCUCACACGAUUAAAACUCAAAAUGAAAAUGUAUAUAACUAUCAAAAAAAUGUAUAUGCUUAUAUGUAAGUAGUAGUAUUGAUAAAUGAUUUUAAUUAUUUUUAUAUCAUUUCGACCCAUGUUCUUUCACUGAUAAAAUUGUUAAAUAGGAAACGGUCGUCAACGCCAUCUAGCCGAGCAUAGGCCAAAGGUGUGUGCGCCAUUUACCGGGUGUGGCCUGUAACAUGAGCAAAAAAUUAAACUUUAGGCUGUACUACUCAUACUG